GAGACGCGAAUGCGAGAGCAUCGUGAGAAGAAAUAAGAAACAAAUUUAAAAAUAAAGAAAUUGAAUUGCGUGAGACUCGGAUUCAGUUAACGGCUGCGGAACGAUAUAAACAACAAAUUCGAAAAAGAAAAUAUAUUAAUAAUAUCAAGUGCGUGUGCAGUGCGCGUUGCUACAAAACAAAAUUAAGAAAGCCAAGAAAAUAGCAAAUAAAAUUUCGCUCUAUGCUCAAAAUGAAUUUUAUGAGCAUUAAAACAAAGUUCAAAAUUUUCAAGCAGCAGCAAAAACAAAGUGAAAAACUACAACAACAACAACAAAAAUACUCGAACUGAAGCGGCAAUUGGAUUAAAAGCGAGCCCCCCUUUUUUUUGGAUAAACAAGACGAAGGCGAUACCAAAAAUAAUAUUAUACAAAAAUUCAACAAGAAAAUACAUAAAGCGCUGCCUACAGACAACAAGAAGAAGAAGAAGAAGAGAGGAAAAAAACACAAGCAAAGAAAAGACUUUUGUAAAGCGCAUAAAUAAAAAUGGAAGCCACAACAAACAGCACAGAAAGCCACACAAAGCUGCAGCUGGAGGAGGAGCAGCAGCAGCAGCUGGAGGCGCCACAAGCGGCGGCGGCGGCAGCGACGGCGGCGACAGCAACAACGGCGACCAUCAUUGACAUUCCAGCGACUGCUGCAAUCACCUUCGCCUCCAGUUCCUUCGCCUGCUCCUCCUAUGACACGGACUGCAGCACGGCGAGCAGCACAUGCUGCACCCGCCAGGGCGAGCACAUUUACAUGCAACGCGACAAGCUGCCUGCAACAAUAGCGGCCACAGCAGCCGCCGCAGCAGCAGCGACAGCAACAGCAGCAACAACAACAGCAAAUCAACACACAGCCACAGCCUGCAACCUGCCGCCGUUGGAAACGGAUGAGUUGAUGCUGCUCAAGUUCGAGCACCGCAAGCAUUGGCCAUGGUUCAUUCUGAUGAUCUCCGUCAUUGAGAUUGCAAUCUUCGCCUACGACCGUUACACAAUGCCCGCCCAGAACUUUGGCCAGCCGGUGCCCAUACCCAGCGAUUCGGUGCUGGUCUAUCGACCCGAUCGUCGCCUGCAAGUCUGGCGAUUUUUUAGCUAUAUGUUCCUGCACGCGAACUGGUUCCAUUUGGGCUUCAAUAUCAUCAUACAAUUGUUCUUUGGCGUCCCGCUGGAGGUGAUGCACGGCACCGCACGCAUCGGUGUCAUCUAUUUGGCUGGCGUCUUCGCCGGUUCGCUGGGCACCAGCGUUGUCGACUCCGAGGUGUUCCUGGUGGGCGCCAGCGGCGGCGUCUACGCCCUCCUGGCCGCACAUUUGGCCAACAUCACGCUGAACUUUGCGCACAUGAAGUCCGCAUCCACGCAGCUCGGCUCUGUGGUCAUUUUUGUCUCCUGCGAUCUGGGCUAUGCCGUCUACACGCAGUACUUCGAUGGCGCUGCCACGCCCGCCUUUGCCAAGGGUCCGCAGGUCUCGUAUAUAGCGCACCUGACGGGCGCUCUGGCCGGCCUGACCAUUGGCUUUCUGGUGCUCAAGAAUUUUGGACAUCGGGAAUACGAGCAGCUGAUCUGGUGGCUGGCGCUGGGCGUCUACUGUGCCUUCACCGUGUUCGCGAUUGCGUUCAAUCUUAUUAACACGGUAACCGCACAGCUGAUGGAGGAGCAGGGCGAGGUGAUCACACAACAUUUGCUGCACGACUUGGGCGUGUCCUAAGCAACAA